CCUUCACACAUUCAACACGAUCAAAACACGUGAGAAAGGUAGGAAGAAGAAAGAGAGAAUGAGUGAAGAUUAUCAAAGGAUGAUGACAUCCCAAAUGCAUGGACAUCAUGAAGAUCUUAUCUUCCCUGGAUUAUACACUCAAAUUGCAGCACAGCCAGGGGAAGCAAAGCCUCGACGGCGGAGGAAGAAGAUCAAGGGAGGGGAAAACAGCCAGUGUGGUGGGGCUAAAAAGAGGAAGCUUACACAGGAACAAGUUGAUCUUCUUGAACUCAACUUCGGCAAUGAACAUAAGCUAGAGUCCGAAAGGAAAGACCGAAUCGCAUCGGAGCUGGGACUUGACCCUCGCCAGGUUGCAGUUUGGUUCCAAAACCGAAGAGCUCGUUGGAAGAACAAGAAGAUGGAGGAAGAGUACAACAGGCUCAAAUCACUUCAUGAAACUGCUCUUCUCGACAAAUGCCGCCUUGAAUCCCAGGUUGUAAAGCUGAAGGAGCAACUUGGCGAGGCAGAGAAGGAAAUCCAGCAGCUGGCGGAACGAAUAGAUGGAGUUUCCAGUAAUAAUAGUUCAAGCUCAUCCGUACUGUCAAUGGAAGCCAAUAUUGGUCCAGUUUUUCAAGGGGAAUUUGGAUAUGAUGAUGUUUUUUACAUUGGGGAAGACAGUUAUAUUCUUGGCACGGAGUGGGUCAAUCUUUAUAUGUAAGGAUAUUAGCUGAACAGCAUAUGUAGGUAUGGAUAAUUAUGGCACCCAAAUCCACUGAAUGUAAUUAAUCCUUAAUUUUCUUCUAAAGGAUAUUAGCUGAACAGCAUAUGUAGAUAUGGAUAAUUAUGGCACCCAAAUCCACUGAAUGUAAUUAAUCCUUAAUUUUCUUCUAAAGGAUAUUAGCUGAACAGCAUGUGUAGAUAUGGAUAAUUAUGGCA